AAUGUCUUUCUAAAAUAGUUAAACAAUUCAGCAAAUUAUAUAAAUUUUAAAAUCUAUUUUGUAAGUAACGCAUGCGCAUUUUAAGUUUGCUUGACUAACCGGCGAAUCUCUCAACAGGCUCUCACAUGUUUUAGUUCUAUCGAGCAACACGUGCGUCGAUUCUCGUCUGUAAUUUGUGUUUUAUUAAACAUUUGGUUUCCUUUUGUGACAAGUUUUUUUAAUAAUAAUUUACAAUAUGGAUAGUGAGAGAUGGCCUUAUGCUGUCGUACUGUUUGAGGACGGAUACAUGAUUGUGAACACUAAUUGGGGAAUAUUUCAUGAAGAUACAAUGGUAUCAUGUUACUUUCCAUACCACUUAACAAAAACAGAAAUACAUCGAUUACUUAAAAAUUUAUCAGAUGUCAAUUACAAGGAGUGGGUGGAUAAGAAUGGACAUCCGUUUGAAGUAGUAAAAUUUUGCUGCUACGCGAUGACUUUCGAAAUGGCUCAAAAGAAACUUGAGUUACACAUAGAACUGUCGGAUGUGUCAACCGACGAAUUAAAAAAUUAUGAAAAAUUAAAAAAAUCACGGAACAAGAGGAAAAUGACUGAAAAAAUGGCUGAGCUUGUAAACAAAAAAAAGUUUUGUGGAGAAAUAAAUACACGCCAGCUUGUUAUUCCGAAUGCUUCAGAAUCGUCUCAAAUCGCACAAGUCAAUUCCAAUGCUGUUAAUGAAGGUGAAUUAAAUACAACACCAUCAGAUUCAGAAGAAGUUUCAAUCAAUGAUAACGAAAACGCUGGAAAUUUUGGUUCUGAUUCUGCACACAUUGAUUCGAUCAUAACUCAAACUGCAGCUUCUUUAGAAAGUGCAUUCGAUAUAUCUCAAUCGGCAUUUGAAGAAAAAAUAUUAAAUGCAUUGAAAAAAUCAACGGCAGUUGUCUUAAAAGGUUUACACUCUGUUUCUUUAAAGGUUGAUACAAAAAAGUCUAACGAUGAAACAGAGGACUCACCAUCUUUUUCCAAUAAAGAUGAUGACUUAAAAUCAUUUCCUAUACCAGAUGCAGCCGAAAUGAACAGGGUUGAAGAUAAACUAAAAUCUAAACGUUUUUUUAAUAAAGUGGUUUCCAGUAUUGUAAAGUUAGGAAAAAGUCGAACAACAAGUAUGACUGUUACUAAUAUUCUAAACAAUUUAUUAACAUUCAAAGCCGGGCAAUUGUUUACUUUAAAAGGAAUGGGCAAAGUCACACCGAAACCGCCAUUUGAUCAAUUGCGUAUUUAUAUAGUAAUUCAAGAAGCCAUGAGAAAAAUGGAUAAGACAUCGACAGUUGAAGAUACAGCAGAAUGUAUUGGCAAAUGGUUGCAGCAAUGCUCUAAUAGGCAGAAGCGUUUAGAGGAGAAAUUAGAAAAAGGAGAAGCUGCCCAUAAUCUUCAAAUCACUUUUGAGGAGGAUGACGAUUAAAUAAUAAUUGCCUAAACGGUGCAAUUAUAAGAAGUAAAUGAAGAUAUUUCUAUUGAUGCGGAUGGUGAGAAACCACCUUGAAAUUGAUACUUCUUUAAGUAUUAUGGUUGAACAUGGAACUGAAAAACAAAGUUUAAUUUUUAAAACGUUUCAUAAAUAAUUACAGUUGCAUAAGUCUUUGUAAAAGAAAGCUAAUACUAAAAGAUAAAAAGCAUAAUAACAGAA